AUGAGAAAUGUUAAUAUUCCUGAAUAUAUUUCAUCUCCAAUUCCAGUUUUACAAAAUCAAGCAUCAGAAGAUGCUCAACUUUCAGUGUUACAAGAUGCUCAACUUUUAGCAUCACAAGAUCAA